GUACACGUAACGAUCUACGUCCAGAUGAUAUAAUAACAAUUAUAGAGGCAUCAUUACAGAACAGUAAUGAAGUGUCUAGGAAGUGGACAUUCCAAGACCCUAUCCUGGCUGAGGCUAUUAGAGUAUUGGUACCUGUUAUACAUGAUGCCGACUCUAAGGUCCUUAUUCAAUUUAUAACAACAUUAUCACACAAUAAGGAUGUCCUACCUAACCUAAGCCAACUGAAUAGAUAUUCUCCUAUAGCACAGUUAUCAUCGUCAAUACUAUCAACAUUAUCAACAACAUCACCAACACUGAGUGUUAGGGAUAUGACUCAAGCCUUAAAGGCAAUGGCAAGACUAGAUUGGUACUCAACACGAUGUAUAACAGCUAUCACUGAUGCCAUUAUUAAUGCUAGACUUACCUCAACUAGUAUGGAUCAUAUCGGCGAUCUUGCGCAGUCACUGAGAGUAAUGCGUGUACAUGAUAGCCCUCUAUUAAGAAAGCUAGUAACAUGGUAUAAGUGGAUGUUGAAGGCAUCAUAUGGUCCUCCACCAUACCCUCCUGAGGUGCGAGCUCAUCUAGCAUCAUUUGCUAUGCCUAUAGCUGAUCUCGGAUAUACUUCAACUCACUUUAUCGAUAUCAUUGAGGCAGCCUUGAUAGAGCAACAACAUGAUGAUGAUGAUGAUGGCCAUACUGCAAACCCUAAAUUACUCAUAUCAUUCCUAUACAUACUAUCACGACAAGGGCAAGAGGUAUUCAGUCGUCCAUCAUACAUUGCUGGAGUUAGAAGGUUGGUAUCAACACCUGAGGAGGAGUUACAAGGCCUAUCAGCUGCUGAUUGGAUUAAAGCCUUCCAAGUCCAUCUUGGGCCGGCUAUUGAAGGCCUACCUUAUAUUAAGAAGGAGUUGGUAUAUGAUGCUGGUGUUAAGAAGUUUAUAGAGGAUAAUGCAUCAUUUAGUUGGUAUUCAGCCCAGGAGAGGAGUAGGACUCAGUUCCUUCACUC